AUGAUCUUUUAUGAAAUCGAUGUUGUUUUAAUUAGGAAAAAAGAAUGGGCAAGUAGUACAAACAAGCACGACACGAGAUGCCUUCUAGAUGAGCAAAAUAUCCCUCUUGAAUACGAAAUGCAAGCGAUUGCGACGCAUACUAAGUGGGUGAAGUUUGGGAAAUCUCAUGACUUUGUUUUCGUUGGAAAGGAAACCAUUGCAACGGCUUCCGGCAUUUAUGUGAAUUUUUUGGAUCUGAAUACGAGAGAAAGGCGAAUCGAGCGUUUCGACAACAAGGAAAGGGGUGAUGGCGCAUCAUGUUUGGCUGGACAUCCGACAGUUUCCAUGUUUUCCGUAGUCGAAAGAAAAUCUAAUCCCAAGAUAUCGAUAUUUAUGUACCCCACGCUACAAAGAAUUUCCAGAUGCGUACUACCCGACAAAAACAACUCUUAUUUAUCCUGUUCUUUCGCUGGUACAGAAUAUCUCAUAAGCUUGACUAGCUUUCCUGAUUUCCGACUGAUUGUGUGGCUUUGGAAGACUGGCAAGCACGUCGCUGUGCUUAACACGAAGAUUAACGAUCUCGUUCAAGAAAUUUGCUGUUCGCCAAAUCCUCCGUAUUUGAUAUCGCAGCUCGGAAUCGUCGACGGCAAACUCUCGAUUUGUCAAGUACGAACAUGCUCGAAAAUCGUGAGUAUACAUCAUGUGGACGUGCCAGUUCCGGAACACAGAAUUAUGUCUUCAUCCUGGACGCCGGAAGGAAACCUAUUUGUCUCGGACGAGUUCGGCAACGUAUGGCUCAUGGUGAUAGAUGCUAACAAAUUGUAUUCGGUAAUAAAAUCGAAAACGCUCGAACCACCGAAAAACAGAUCAAUCGUCAUUACUCAUAGAACUGGCGUAAUAGUUGUGAAUACCGAUAGUGAAAUUACAUUUUACAAAAAAUUAUUGGCAGAUUGGAACGUGUCAUGGCAAUUUGUAUGGUCGAUUUCGACUUUCCAUUCAAUUCAAAUAGGAAGACAAUAUUAUUUCAAAGAUGGGAUUUUGUUUCACUCCAAAAGCGGAGAGAUUUUUGAGAUCAGUACGCAGUACGACAACGUUCCUCACAUAGAAAUUAUUUAUACAGAUGAGAUAGAAUAUAAAGCACUGUUUUCUAUAUCUCAACGCGCAGAUCACGUUGCGGCGAUAGAUUGGUUAGAUCGUCUUUGCAUUUUUGAGAUAUUGACCGGCAAACUGACAGCGAGAUUACCUCUGAAACAUCAUGGUGAAGAUUCACAUCCUACAUUACCAAUACUUGCGGCAUGUAGUGUUGCUGGCAAUUGCAUUUUUAUCGAUAUUUCAUCAUUACCUAAAAUCUUUAAUUGCUUUCAUCUUCACGGAGAUAUCUUGGACAGAAUAAAAUUCUCGCAAUAUGGGGAACUUUUAGGAAUCGGCAAUUCCCAAACUGGUAAAAUAUUUAUCAUUGGCAAACGAUUUGAACAACAGCCUGUGGAUGUUCUUGGACUUAUUGAAAUUAAUGGAUAUAUUGCUGACUUUCUGAUAUACAAGAGGAAUAAUAAUCAUUUCGAAAUCUUAGUUCUCGCAACAACCAAUCCUUCCAUGGCUUCGAUUGGCGGUAACAAAGUGGUCGUGUACACUUGCGAGAUCUCGAAUAAUUUCUACACUCGUACCGUAUGUGUGAUAGAUUUAUCAAGACCUUUCAAAAUGCUGUAUCACGGGAUGAAUAAGCCUCUGAAUAUAUUGGGUAUACCCUCUUUAUCUAAACAGUUACAUCAAAUGGAGAUACAGAAUAAUUUUCAAGAUGUCAUCCUUAUGGAAGCACUUUUCUCGAUCCAUCAAUUGAGAAAUAUCGGAAUGUACGUGACUGAUUCUCGAGUCGUAACAUAUGGAUACGAUGGUUUAAUCAUAAUCAGAAAUAACAUGGAACUUCAUAAAGUGAUUGCGAUUUUUAUGCCACACCAUCGCAGCAAAGGGGGUAUAAAGUGUGCAAUUUCUUCGCGUUUUGGGGAAACAGUUGUUUCCCUCGGUAGAAACGGAGAUCUCGUUGCUAGUCGCGUUCGGUUAUCGGAAACAAAAAUGAACUUGGCAGAAAGCAGAGAUGUGAGCGUACAUUUAUCGAUUGAAGAUUUUGCUUCCAGUCCAAACGAAUUGUACGGUUUAGCAGGAGAAACCUGGCUGGACAAUACAAUCGCCGCUAAAUUGAAAGCUGAACGCGAUGAAGCUCUAUCUCUACGAGCUUCCAUCAUAGUCGAUUUGGAGAAAAUAAAGAGUCAGAUACGCGAGCUUCUCGAUAAAAAUGAAAGCAAACCAACAGAUGCUCGAUUACCGAUCUCAGUUUUUGAUUUGGAUCACGAAUCUCGGCAGCGAAAAAUAGAAGAGGCGCGACUUGAACGAGACGAAGUGCGUCGAAAACUUGAAGAAGAAUGCGCUCAACGAGAUCAGAUAACAUCGUAUAUCCGCAAAAUAUUCUGGGAUUCGCUGCAAGUAAAACCGUGUUCUCUUAAAUCUAUCAGUGGUGAUGCAAUAGUUCAUAAUUAUCCUCUUGUUGCAUCGACUCGGAAAAUGAAUGACUUUAAAGUAUGGGAUAGACUCUCUUCGGAUGCCGAUGAGUUUUUGUAUAGUUAUGAGGUGUAUAAUGAACCAGUAGAUGAAGAAGACGAUUCAAGACGAGGAUCCGCAGUAUUUGAUUCCGAUCAAGAAUCCUCGACGAGUAGCCAUGACGAAAUUAAAAUACACGAGAUGGCUAAAACGUGGUAUACAUUAACGGAUGAAGAUGAAAGAUUAUGUACAUCGGGCAUCACAACGCAUAAAUGGAUUGAUGAUGAAAGCAUAGCUUCAACGCAUCAGCUAUUACUCCCUUGCGAUAAUAAUCUUAACACUAUUCUUAAAAAAGAUACUAUCAUCGAAAAUCGAGAGCGCAAACUAAAGAUAUAUUUUAAUAAUCUUUUCGAGGAAAUGAGACGCGCGAAAGAACAUAAAUUGAAAUAUACAAAGGAACGCAUAGAUAGACUUCGAUAUUGCGUUUCCGAAUUAAAAACACUGUUUGGAAUAGACUCCGUUCUGGAACCGAUUGAUACACCGAUCUGGGAUGUCGAAGAGAUACCUGAUUACAUAGUCACUGUAAAAGAUAACGAAAUAUUUGAGAAACAAUCAUGGCGAAAAGUGUCUGGAAUCGCAUUUAAUGAGAGUCAAAAAGACAAAGAAAAAAACGGAAGAAGCGAUGAUUUUUAUGAAAGAACUCUUGAAAGGAUGAUGGACGGUGUAUUGGAAUCUAAAUGGGAAGACGAAGUUAAAAAGGAAAUACCUGUGCCUGAAUGUUUAACUGCAAAAGAUCCUUCGAAAUAUACCGAUGAAGAUAUCGCAGUUAUCGAAUCGUACAAAUCCAAAGUGGAAGCACUGAAAGAAGAACGAGAAAAAUAUAAAGCGACAUUGCAGGCCGAAAUCAUUGAAACAAGAGAAGCCUUACAAAGAGAUAUCACGGAAUUCAACGAUCAGUUAAAGGAUCUUGAGUUGAAGAAGAUGCAAAUUGAAUGCGCAAUCCUGCAGGAAAGAUUGAUGAGGGUACGUGCGAUCCAAAGACACCGUUCCGAGGUCGAUGGCAGGCAAAAAAUCAUCCGUUUUACUGACGAUGAACUGAUACCGGCGACGCAAGAAGCACGCAAACUUGCUGAGGAAUGCAAUUCGCUCGAGGUAGUCGUGGCAGAGUUAAAGUUUCGCUACGACAAUCUCAACAAGGCAGAGAAACGAUUGGAGGCCAAGUUUCGUAGCGAAUUCGCAGACUUGAAACAACCAAUAGUGGAACACUUACUCAGGCAUUACAAGAAGCGACCCAGGGCAAGUCGUCUCAUCACCACGUCCGUCACGUAUCUGACGGAGGUGGCAAGAUGUGUUAUGGCCAGCGAGAAGUCGGACAUUUUACCGCGCGAAUGCCUGGACUUCCUUAGAGGCAUGGAUGCGUUGGAUACGAUGCCCAGAAACCUACCAUCACAGAUUAACAUCAAUCACUGGAAAACAAUGUGCAAGUUGAGAAGAGCAAAGAUCGAGAUGGAGACGAAGGUAAGAUGCUGCGCGGUGGAGAUGGCCGAGGCGGAACAAACGCUGUCAUUUUAUCAGAAAACGAUGCAAUCAGCUGAGAAUAUCGUUGCGUGCAAGAAAGUUUCCCUGGAGAACAUAGAAAAAUCCUUGACGCAACUUGCUGAGGAACUGGAGAUCCAACUCGUCCUGAAAAUGGGUCAGAUUGAAGUGCCAUUGCAAGGUUGUCCAUCUGAUUACGAGAACACUGUUCUCGUGUUGCGUGAAGAGCUCUUGCGUGUCAAUGAUUGUAUCAUCGAAACCGGAAAAUGCAAGUUGGCGGCAAUGUAUAAAUCCAUGCACUUGCGAAAAGUCGUGUCCCAAGAGGAAUGGCAACACGCACGUGCGAAGAUGGUACUGGACGAUUUGCAGCAGGAAUUGAAAGAUGUUCAAAAGUUCAAAAUCACGAGAAAUGUACUUGAAUUCUUGAACCGCGAUCCCUGCAGUGUAAAUCUAGAAAAAGAUUAUGAAAAGAUACAAACUAAUUUGAGAAUAUUUCGAAACAAAUUUCGCGAGUUGUUGUCACUGGAACAGGCAAGUCUGAAGGAAACGAAGCGGCUGAUGGCUAAAUGGAAGAAAAAGAAUGACAAGAUAUCGAAGGAGAUCAAAUCUAAAUCAUCAGACGUUGAAGAGUGUCGCAGGUUGCUUAACGAUCCAUGUCGCAAGAAGGACGAAGAGUCUCGUAAGAUGAGACUUGCCGCGAUCGCAAGACGUACCAAACUUAUCAUAGAAGCGGAAAACAAUUACGAGCAGUUGUUAAUCUUACAUGCUCGGCUAGAAGUCUUAAAAUUGCGAACGUAUCCGACCUUGCAAAUAAAAACCGCGUAAUAAAACCGCACAAGAUUUAUAGCUGAGGAAAAAAGAUUAUGAGGAAUAUCGAUUGCAAGAAAAUAAUUAAAAAUAUCUCGGAAUUAAUUGAUAAAGCUGUCUGUUUUUCUACUAAUAAUAUGUAUUUAUAUAUGUAUUUAUAUAUGUAUUCAUAUGUCGUCAAAUGUAAGAAAAUGUGAGAAAGAGA